AUGCUGUCGCCACAACUCACUGACCAAUACCACGUCCUAUCACUUCCCCGAGUUAAUGACGUUCCACUUCCGCAGAAAUUAGUCAUCCCUCAAAUCAACCAAACUGAUGUCUCAUCUACAUCAUCAAUCAUUGAUAUAGGUGUACUGAACUCAAUGCUUGCUUCAUAUAUAACCAAACCAAGUCCGAAAUUAAUUUGGUCCUAUUCGAUCAAGCCAACAGUUGGCAUUAAGUGUAUUGAUGUAUGGCACACAACCACCACCAGGAAGUUAUAUAUUGCUGGACUCGAAGAACGGAAAAAACCACGAAUCUUGGUGAUUGAGACUGAAAAUGGAUCCACUGAAGAUGGAAGUUUUCUGAUUAGCACCGUUGGUGAAAUGGAAUUGGCUGUGGGCAAAGAUCAAGUUGUUGCCGUGAAAUUCUUGUCCACUGAGGAUAUUGUUGUUGUUUACCAAUCUGGAUCAGUGCAAAUGGUAAAUUACAACGAAAAACUAACUUUUGGAACCAAGUACCAAAAUGAAGGAAAUGUCAUUUACAGUACAUUCAUUACAGAUUUAGACGAUCUUUUACUAUUGACAGUAUCGCGAUCCAAAACUUUAACAACUUACAAUUUAAUCUCGAUAAGUACAUCGAAAAUCUUACCAGUUCAAAGUUAUCAAACCAAGCCAGUUACUGGUGCAUCGUAUACUUACAGCUCGGGCAUACUAUAUCAAUAUCACGAUGGUGUAAUUGACUCCUUUUCAAUCACUAAUUUCCACAUUCAAAAGUCGGUUUCAGUUUUGCCCAUCAUCAAUACUGAGGAGCUUGUGUCGAUAGUCUCACCAGCACCUGAUCGUAUUUUGCUAGGAAAUGCCAACAUGAUCUAUUUGUUAAACUUUAAAUUUGAAGCAGUAUUAUCUCAAUUCAAGUCAGUAUCAAGCACAUCCAAUCCAGUCCCUGAUAAAGUCUACCUCAACCAAGUUGCUCAAGUUAAAGGAUCGUCACAAUCUACUCAAUCAACCCGAGCAUACUAUGUUAAUUUAAAGAACAAAGACAACAACGUCUAUUUGAAUGUGAUUGAUGUCAAUGUUGGAUUGAACAAAUUGAAUGAGUGUCUUGGUAAAUCAAUCGAGGGUGGCAACAACCAGGAUUUCAGUCAGGUUGUUGACUUGUACAAUGGUGACGACAAUGAACCUACUGCUCCCACAUCUGGCGAGCUCGACCAAGUUUAUCAGACCUUGGAACAAGCUUGCAAAGCCAAGGAUGUAAAUAAAUGGGAAUCGAUCCUCAUCCCAUACUUGAAAACCCACAAGUCCUGGCAAGAAAUCAAUAAAUCAAAACCAAAAUCGAAAACCUACCAAUUUAAAGAGUUUGACGUGGAAAAUGAUCGCAUUGUUGAUGUCAAUUUCAUAAAUUCCAUCUUUGAUCUCAUCUUCACAACAGAACCGUUACAGUUUAAAGAUGCCCAGUUUAUUCCCGAAUAUACUUUAAUGUAUUUACUCACUAACCCAAUUUAUCCAAAAGCAUACACCACCAAUCUUGUUCAACUUUUACACGAUACUGGCAACAUCACCUUACUCAAACAAGCCAUCAAGACAUGUUCCAAUAUCCCAUUAAAUGAUCUACUCAUACAGUUUGUAACUACUGAGGAUAUGGAUAUUUUCAAUGAGUUGAUCAAUCGUAUCGUUUCCGAUUUUGCUGUUACCGAAAUCACCACCAGUUUGAAAGAUAUCAUGCCACAAUAUUCAACCGAUACAAUUGCAUUAAUCAACAAGGUCUUGUCAACAUCAAACGAUAAAGGUUGGAUCUUGGUUGAAAUACUUGUUGAUAUCAGUGGGCUAUUCAACUGGAGUCAAGAAAAUAUCUUGCGAUUGAAUCAAAUCAUUGAUGCCAGAUUGGCCAACCUCGAUAUCAAUGCUUACAAUUUGACAUUAAUUGAUCAAGUACAAUUGAAAAAAAACCAAUUGAAAAAGAGCAAAAACACUUCUGUUGACGGGGCAUUGACAAUCACUGAUCAAACUCAAUUGAACAAAAGAAUGGAAUCAGAUCUGAAUGAAAAAGUGCCAUUGUAUUCUAUAGAGAGAUUGGAAAUAUAG